ACGAUUUUAUACACAGACACACAGUACACUUUUUGUUAUUUGUAACUACAUUUUAAAUUAUUAAAAUUUGUUUUAUUUCAGCUUUUAUUUAUUAUUUUAUGGUUUUAUUUUACAAAAAAAAUGGCAUUUAUUAUCAAUGCUUUUCAAAAAUGUAAAGCUAUGGCUAAAUUUCAAACACCAGUUAAUGAAACAUGUUUUGGUGAACUUCCUUGUGUUCAACAAAUUCGUAAUAAAUGGCCAGACUUUAGAAUGAAAAAAGAUGCACGGAAAAGAAACACUCUUAAAGAAUAUGGAGUUUACAAGCUGCGCUAUAAUGCUCUACGUAAAAACAAUAUUAUUCCUUUAGAAAUUCAAGAAAUUGCUGACAAAGAAAUCUAUAACUGUCCCAGGGAUGCUAGUAUAACUAGAAUUGUACAGCGUUGUCAGGUAACUUCUCGCCCUAGGGGUAAUGUCAAACGAUGGCGUUUAAGUAGAAUAGUGUUCAGACAUCUUGCUGAUUAUAACAAAUUAGCAGGUGUUCAAAGGGCAAUGUGGUAAAAUGUAAUGGGGAAAAAAUGCUGAUGUAUAGUUAUGUAGUUAAAUAUAUAAUUUAUAUACCUAGAGUUACAUUUAUGAUAAUUGUAUUAUAAGUUAAAUAAAUAUAAUGUUAAUGAAAAUAAUACAAUUUGUACUACAUUUCUAAAAUGUUUACCUAAUUAUAUUAUGAGUAAAGUAGAAGAGAAUAAAAAUGCCAUUUUUAUUUAUAAAAAAAUUGGGAAAAUAUUUUUAUCUCAUUCUGUGUUAUUAUGAGUGUACUAACCUAGAUACUAUGUUUUACAUUUCAUUAUGACAUUUUAUAUUCUUUUAAACAAAAUUUUCAAAUUCUAUUCUGUGGUUAAUCCACAUGUUAUAUAAAUUUUAAUGAAGGUUAUAUGCUUAUAUAACUAAUGUCAACAAACAUUUUUAUAGGAAUUGAAAGUUAAUCAAAUUUAAUUUUAGAAUUUAUUACCCUAGGUCCCUAGUUGUUAGAUUUGACAUUUAAAUGCUGUGUUGCAUGAACAAUCAUUAAAAAUUAAAUAAAUUAAUAGUAAGCUAAUGGUCCCUUUAACAUGAUUUAGUUAGGCAUGACUGUUCCAUAAUGAAUAAUUAAAUUUUAUUUAAUCCUAAAAUUAAUCAACUUUCCAUGUAACACGGGACAAGUCUUUAACAUUAAUUUAUAAUUUGUCUCAUACUAAAUUACACUGGUUUCGCACAUCGCAACUGACGGCAGCCAUAACUUUUCCCCUCACUUUGAAGCGAAAUCAACAGCCGACAUAUAGCAGAUGCCUGGAUGAAAACUGCUCGGCCGCCUGGUGUAUUCUAGUUGUUUGAGACAGAGUAUAGCUACUUAUUUAUUUACUAUUGUAAUUUUUAACUAUAAAUUAUUUUAAAUUUUAAAAUAGUCCUAUUGAAGUUUUAAAUAUUUAAUUGAUAUUAACUAGGUAAUGAUUUUUUUUUUUAUUGUUGUAAGUAAGCAAAGUUUAAGUACCAUAGCAGUGUCAAAUACCCAAACUAAAUUCCGUUAAAUUUUUUUCUUAUAAAUAUAAUUAAUAUUAUUAAUAAAUUAUUUUAAAAACCCA